AUGAUUAACAUUCCACAAACUUGUGAAGAAACAAAAGCAGACGACAUGAUGAAUCAUUCCUCUCCUACAACCCUCAACAACAACAACAUGAAUGCAAACCACAACAAUCAUCACCAAUCUCUCACCAUGCUUCUCAUGGAUGGAGACAACCACAGCAACAACAACAACACCUCUCUGAUGAUGAAUCAACCACAACAACAACAACAGAACAUGCUCAAUCAAAGCUCCAUGAUGGUCGAUUCCAAUCUGGUCAUGCAAAUGAUGCGACUCAUGAUGAAUGAAUCCUCUCAUAAUAAUAAUAACAACAACAACAACCACCAUACGAACGUACAACCUCAAUCUCAACAUUCCAUCUUGUUGUCUGCAGGAUCUCAAUUUACCAAUAAUGGAGGUACCAAUAGUAGUGAGGUCAAAAACAAUGCAAGCACUUCUUCACCCACAGCAACAACAACCUCUCUUCGUUCUUCCUCAGUGGUGCAACCAUCGAACGUCACUUCCCCUCUCCAAUUAGAUGUCACUCAAUUCCAACAACAAUUGGCUCAAGUCAUGGCUGUUUGUUCUCAACAACCGCCACCACCUCCAGUGGCAGCCGCUCUCUCCACAAUGCUGCUUGCCAAUCAUGGACAAACUCCCUGCUCCACUUCCUCCUACUCUUCACCCAAUAACAUGAUUUCCAAUCAUAAUAACAAUAACUCCUCAUCACCCAACAUGAAUGUCCUGUUGAAAGAUUUGGCGCCCAAUCAUCCACUACAACAGGUAUGGAUGAAUUUGGCGGCAAAAAAUAACCAUGACUCGGCCUCGGCCUUGUGGCAACAACUCUUCAAUAACCCAAAUCACCACCCUGCGAAUACGAAUAUUAGCCAAACAUCAACACCACCACCACUAUCGAUGAAUAGAAGCAAUAAUGGGAGUAGUGGGAGCAGUCAGACUAUGGGCAAUUCUUCAAAUGCAACAGCACUGGAUCCAGCUGCGAUGAUUGGUUCUUCCACAGUUGCUCCUAAUACAACAAACAAACAUAAUACAAAUCUCUUGCAAGUACCACCUCAAACACAUGCCACUCAGGUGAACAUGGUAGAGAGUCCAGGAAGUUUGAGCUCCAUGACUGAGAUGGAACAAACUGCGAAUAGUAUUCAUGUCUUUAUCAAGAAAGGCUUUCCACCAAAAAAGAAGGGAAACCACUUGACUUCGGAACAACCUUGGCAUCGGUUGGCAAAUCCUCAGAGUAUUCAUCACUCACCCAAUGUGGUUUCGUCCACCAAGUUGUCAGAAAAGUCGACCUGUAAAAUUGGCACCGAUUGCUACUAUUACUUGUUGUUGGUUCUGCCAAGUAAAUAUUACAGUCUUUCAGAUCUGGAGUUUCAAUUAGAGGAAGAAACAAAAGAUGAGGACGAAUCAACUUUUAGGGCCUCCAAGAAGAAGGCGUCACCCAAAAAAAAGAACAUUCUGCCACAUGUGGAGAUGAAGAUACGUGGAAAGGAUCUUUCUGCAACCACCAAGUUCCUCGGUCAUGGUAGGAAUGGUACGCCUCAACAUGCAUCUCCCUCUGCAGACUCUUUAAAUUCAAACAUUAUUGCAAUUUUCGAAAUUUUAGCAAACAAAAAGAAAAAUAAGGCAACCAAGAGUGACAAGUGUUAUACCGCUUUAUUGAAAUGCAAGAAGGAAAAACUUGUCACCAUGUAUAUUGAUAUUCAUUCAUCGUGUGAAACAGCUAAUCAUGAAGUAGAAGAGAGCAACGACGUUUUGGAUUUGUCGAACCAUGAAGCAGCCUCGUCCGAUAGUACCUCAACCUCCACAAUCAAAAAGAGAAAGAAAAAUGACGACGAGAAUGAAAUGGAAGACGAUGACGCUCACAGUGCUGCUUCAUCAUCUGAGGUAGGCCAACCUCAAAUAGAAAGCUCAGCACGAAAACGUUCCAAGUCCUCAUCCAUUCCUUUACAAAAUAAUACUAAUGCCAAACAAAAGGCAGCACAUCCACCAACACUAUUCGAUCAACUCAAGCAAUGGAUUAUUGUGACUGUCUUUCAUCAAAGCAUUUCGGUGGACUUGUCAAAAUUCCCCAAUUUUGCAUUCCCUAAGGAGCUUUCACCAAAUGAGCAAUUCUUGCUCUACGUAGAUGUUCCAACACAGUUGUCUGAGGAUCAUGAUAUUUGUUUCAAAAUUCUAGAUUUUCAAACUCAGCAAGAAUUGACAUUUGCAGGAGAACAGUGGAUUGACACCAAUGUGGUGAAUUGUUGCAAUUUCAAUAUUCAAGCGUCAUUAAUGUCACUCCAUGUCGAGUAUGCCAUUUCUUUCAGAGACAUUAACCAUGACCGACCACUUGUAUUUAUUGUGGCUCUUAAGGAUAAAAAGACAGAGGUUGAGAGAAUUAUUUAUAAUGGAACGCCUUUCAAUAUCAAGAGAGGGGUCUCACAGGCACUUGAAUGUAUUGAUGAAUUGGGUGUUUCUGCAAUUCAAUAUCCCGGAUUUGAUGCUGCUCUUGAAAAUAGUGCUAUUGCUGAAAUAUUUGAUGAAAUACCAACAGUGAACAGCGGAAACACAACUAACACAGACUCAUUUUUCGCAUCGUUUAACAUGGUCUCUGAAUCUGAGAACAUUUUAGAGGAUGAUUUUGAGAGUUUGUUUGGUCAAUGA